AUGCCCAAAGAGAGUUUUUUGGUGCCUGCUCCGCCGCCUCCGACCAACCUUGGACGUCACCGCCAACUGGCGCCUCGCGCUGGCAUUCAUGUUUCCCCCAUUUGUUUGGGCGCUAUGAGCAUCGGAGAUCGGUGGGACACCAUAGGGAUGGGGUCCAUGGACAAGGCGCAAAGCUUCAAGCUUCUCGAUGCAUUCUACGAUGCCGGCGGGAAUUUCAUCGACACGGCGAAUAAUUAUCAGGACGAGACGUCGGAGAAGUUCAUCGGUGACUGGAUGGAACAACGGGGCAUCCGUGACCAGAUGAUCAUCGCGACCAAGUACACGUCCAACUACAAGCGGUCUGCCACUGACCUUAAGCAGAAGUCUCAUUACACUGGCAAUAACAUCAAGAAUAUGAACCUCUCCGUCGAAGCGUCGCUGAAGAAGCUGCGUACGUCCUACAUCGACAUCCUCUACGUUCAUUGGUGGGAAUGGAACACCAGCAUUGAAGAGGUAAUGGACGGCUUGCACAACCUGGUUACCCGCGGGCUAAUUCUCUACCUCGGCAUAUCUGACACCCCGGCAUGGAUCGUCUCGAAAGCGAACACGUACGCACGGCUGAUGGGCAAGACACCUUUCGUGAUUUAUCAGGGAGCGUGGAGCGUCCUCCAGCGCGACUUUGAGCGCGAGAUAAUACCUAUGGCUCGCUCUGAAGGCCUAGCACUUGCACCGUGGAAUGUGCUUGCAUCCGGAAGAAUCCGCUCAGAUGCAGAGGAGCAGAAGCGCAGAGAGACUGGCGAGAAUGGCCGCCUCCUGUUGACCAAUGACUGGGUACGUACGCCGGACGAAAAGAAAAUGUGCGAUGCCCUGGAGGAGGUCGCUAAACAAGUCGGCGCAAAGAACAUCACCGCAGUGGCAAUUGCGUACGUGAUGCAGAAGACCCCGUACGUCUUCCCGAUCAUCGGGGGGCGCAAGAUCGAACAUCUCCAGGCCAACAUCGAGGCCCUCAGCAUCGCCCUCACGCCCGAGCAGAUCAAGUAUCUCGAGAGCAUCUUGCCCUUCGAUGAAGGAUUUCCGAGCACUAUUUGCGGCGACGGGACAGCCAACCGCUUCGUGUUCACCUCAGCGGGGAACUUUGACAAGUGGCCGCUCCAGCAAGCGAUCCGGCCAGCCAUACUGUGA